CGGACGGACACCUAGUAGCAGCAGGAUGAGUGUGGAGGCAAGUGCCCGGCCUCUGUGUGUAGGCUCCCGUGUGGAGGUGAUUGGAAAAGGCCACCGAGGCACUGUGGCCUAUGUUGGAUCCACACUCUUUGCCACUGGCAAAUGGGUAGGUGUUAUCCUGGAUGAAGCAAAGGGCAAGAAUGAUGGAAUUGUCCAAGGCAGAAAGUAUUUCACUUGUGAUGAAACGCAUGGCAUCUUUGUGCGCCAAUCCCAGAUCCAGGUAUUUGAAGAUGGAGCAGAUACUACUUCUCCAGAGACACCUGAUUCUUCUGCUUCAAAGGUCCUCAAAAGAGAGGGAGCUGAUACAGCUGCAAAGACUAGCAAACUGCCCACUCGCCCAGCCAGUACUGGGGUGUCUGGGGCCAGUAGCUCCUUGGGUCCCUCUGGCUCAGCAUCAGCAGGGGAGCUGAGCAGCAGUGAGCCUAGUACCCCAGCUCAGACUCCAUUGGCAGCACCCAUCAUCCCCACGCCAGUCCUCACCUCUCCUGGAGCAGCACCCCCACUUUCUUCCCCUUCCAAGGAGGAGGAGGGACUGAGGGCUCAGGUUCGAGACUUGGAGGAGAAACUGGAGACCCUGCGACUAAAAUGGGCAACAGACAAGGCAAAGCUGAAAGAGCUGGAGAAACACAAGAUCCAGCUGGAGCAGGUGCAGGAAUGGAAGAGCAAAAUGCAGGAGCAGCAGACAGACCUGCAGCAGCACCUCAAGGAGGCAUGGAAGGAAGCCAAGGAGGCAAUGGAGGCUAAGGAGUGCUACAUGGAGGAGAUGGCAGAUACUGCUGCUGCCAUCGAGAUGGCCACUUUGGACAAGGAGAUGGCUGAAGAGCAGGCUGAGUCUCUGCAGCAGGAGGUGGAGGCCCUGAAGGAGCGUGUGGAUGAGCUUACUACAGACUUGGAGAUCCUCAAGGCUGAGAUCGAAGAGAAGGGCUCAGGUGGGGCUGCAUCCAGUUAACAGCUCAAGCAGCUUGAGGAGCAGAACACUCAUCUCAAGGAUGCCCUGGUGAGGAUGUGGGAUCUUUCUUCCUCAGAGAAGCACGAACAUGUGAAGCUCCAGAAACUUAUGGAAAAGAAGAACCAAGAGCUGAAAGUUGUGAGGCAACAGCGAGAGCGCCUUCAGGAGGAGUUAACCCAGGCAGAGAGCACCACUGAUGAGCUCAAGGAGCAGGUGGAUGCUGCUCUGGGUGCUGAGGAGAUGGUGGAGAUGCUGACUGACCGGAAUCUGAAUCUGGAAGAGAAAGUUCGGGAGGUGAGGGAGACUGUAGGGGACUUGGAAGCAAUGAAUGAGAUGAAUGAUGAGCUGCAGGAGAAUGCAUGUGAGACAACAGAACUGGAGCUGUGGGAGCAGCUGGACAUGGCAGGUGCCCGAGUGCGUGAGGCCCAGAAAUGUGUGGAGGCAGCCCAAGAGACAGUUGCAGACUACCAGCAAACCAUCAAGAAGUACCGCCAGCUGACCGCCCACCUGCAGGAUGUGAAUCGGGAACUGACAAACCAUCGGGAAGCAUCUGUGGAGAGACAGCAGCAGCCACCUCCAGAGACUUUUGACUUCAAAAUCAAGUUUGCUGAGACUAAGGCACAUGCUAAGGCAAUUGAGAUGGAGUUGAGACGGAUAGAGGUGGCCCAGGCCAACCAGCACAUGUCCCUCCUGACAGCCUUCAUGCCUGACAGCUUCCUUUGGCCAGGUGGGGACCAUGACUGUGUCCUGGUGUUGCUGCUUAUGCCUCGUCUCAUUUGCAAGGCAGAGCUGAUCUGGAAGCAGGCCCAAGAGAAACUUGAACUAAGUGAGAACUGUUCGGAGCGGCCUGGACUUCGAGGAGCUGCAGGGGAGCAACUCAGCUUUGCUACUGGACUGGUAUACUCGCUGAGCCUGUUGCAGGGCACACUGCACCACUAUAAGCAUGCCCUUUCUCAGUGCAAUGUGGAUGUGUAUAAGAAGUUGGGCAGCCUCUACCCUGAGAUAAGUGCCCAUGAGCACUCCUUAAAUUUCCUCAUUGAGCUGCUGCACAAGGAUCAGCUGGAUGAAGCUGUCAAUAUGGAGGCUGUCACCAAGGCCAUCAAAUACUACCAGCAUCUAUAUAGCAUCCACCUUGCUUAACAGCCUGAGGACUGUACCAUGCAGCUGGCUGACCACAUUAAGUUCACCCAGAGUGCCCUGGACUGCAUGAGCGUGGAGGUGGGGCGGCUGCGUGACUUCUUGCAGGGUGGGCAGGAGGCUACAGAUCUUGCCCUUCUGCUUCGGGACCUAGAAACAUCAUGCAGUGACAUCCGCCAGUUCUGCAAGAAGAUCCGAAGGCGAAUGCCAGGGACAGAUGCUCCUGGAAUCCCAGCUGCACUGGCCUUUGGAUCCCAGGUAUCAGACACACUCCUAGACUGCAGGAAACACUUGACAUGGGUGGUGGCUGUGCUGUAAAAAGAGACAGCUGCUGCUGCUCAGCUCAUUGGCCCCCUGGCAGAGAAUGAGGGGCUACCUGUGGCUGCACUGGAGGAGCUGGCUUUCAAAGCAAAUGAACAGAUUUAUGGGAGCCUGUCCAGCAGCCCCUAUGAGUGUCUGCACCAGUCAUGCACCAUCCUCAUCAGCACCAUGAACAAGCUGGCCACAGCUAUGCAGGAAGGGGAGUAUGAUGCUGAGCAGCCCCCCAGCAAGCCUCCUCCGGUUGAGCUUCGGGCUGCAGCCCUUCGUGCAGAGAUCACAGAUGCUGAAGGCCUAGGUUUGAAGAUUGAAGAUCGAAAGACAGUUAUCAAGGAGUUGAAGAAGUCACUCAAGAUUAAGGGAGAGAGGCUGAAUGAGGUGAACCUGCGGCUCAGCCUCCUGGAGAGGAAGCUGUACAGCACUGCCAAAGAUGCAGAUGAGAGCAUUGAGAAAGUCCAAACUCGGCUGGAGAAGACCCAGACUCUGCUGCGGAAGAAGGAGAAGGAGUUUGAGGAGACAAUGGAUGCGCUCCAGGCUGACAUUGACCAGCUGGAGGCAGAGAAGGCAGAGCUAAAACAGCGACUGAACACCAACCAGUCGAAGCGCACAAUUGAGGGGCUCCGGGGUCCCCCUCCCUCAGGCAUUGCUACACUGGUCUCUGGCAUUGCUGUCAGGGGAACUCCUGGGCAGGCUCCAGGGUCCUUGCCAGGCCCAGGGCUGGUGAAGGACUCACCCCUGCUGCUUCAGCAGAUCUCUGCCAUGAGGCUGCACAUCUCUCAGCUCCAGCAUGAGAACAGCAUUCUGAAGGGAGCCCAGAUGAAGGCAUCCUUGGCAGCCCUGCCCCCUCUGCAUGUUGCAAAGCUUUCCCUCCCACCCCAUGAGGGCCCUGCUAGUGAGCUAGCCGCUGGAGUGCUAUAUUGUAAGACCAGUCAGCUGCUGGAGACAUUGAAUCAGCUGAGCACUCACACUCAUGUAGUAGAUAUCACUCGUGCCAGCCCUGCUUCCAAGAGCCCAUCGGCCCAGCUUAUGGAGCAAGUGGCUCAGUUCAAGUCCCUGAGUGACACCAUUGAGAAGCUCAAGGAUGAGGUCCUCAAGGAGACAGUAUCUCAACGCCCUGGAGCCACAGUCCCCACUGACUUUGCCACUUUCCUUUCAUCAGCCUUCCUCAGGGCCAAGGAAGAGCAGCAAGAUGACACAGUCUACAUGGGCAAAGUGGCCUUCCACUUGGCCCAAUGCACAGCCACCUCAGCCAACCCUAGGUAGAACCAUGUGGGCUAAAAUCUUCCUGUCCUGUUCAGCUUUGUUCCCAUCUUGUCAGAGCCCCACUCCUGCCCCUUAACCUGGGUUCUUCCAUUCCUGUCCCCAGGCAUUUUCCAUAAUUUGCUGUUCAUUUCUCCCUCUUUCCUGAGGGGCCUCAGGGCAUGUGGGGGGUAGGCUGAGACUCCCACCACCAAAGGUUGAAUGAGGUCCCUCUGACUGAGUGAGGACUUCAUCCCUUGAUUAAAGCAACUUUUGCU